ACUACCUGCCGUGAGGUCGAUUCUACGAACCAAGAGAAUCCAUAGCAAUGGAAGGUGCCGGUGAGACGAAGACGACGGCGUGCGUGACCGGGGCGGGCGGCUUCGUGGCCUCGUGGCUGAUCAAGCUGCUCCUGUCCCGCGGCGCCGGCCGCUACACCGUCCACGGCACCGUCCGAGACCCCGGGGACGCGAAGAAUGCGCACCUGGCGGCGUUGGACGGCGCCGCCGAGAGGCUGCGGCUGUUCAAGGCGGACCUGCUGGACUACGGCAGCAUGGCGGCGGCCAUCGCCGGCUGCGACGUCGUCUUCCACGUGGCCUGCCCCGUCCCCGCCAGCCCCCUCUCCAACCCCGAGGUUGAGAUGCUUGCUCCGGCUUUGACGGGCACGAUGAAUGUCCUCAAGGCUUGCUCGGAGGCCAAGGUUAAGAGGGUCGUCGUGGUGUCUUCAGUCUCUGCCGUGAUGCUGAAUCCCAGCUGGCCUCAAGGCAAGGCCAUGGAUGAAGGCUGCUGGACUGAUGUCGACUACUGCAGAACCACCGAGAACUGGUACUCCCUUGGCAAGACACUAGCAGAGCUUGAGGCCUUCGACUAUGCAAAGAGAACUGGUCUAGAUGUCGUGACAGUCUGCCCGUCCUUGGUGAUCGGGCCCUUGCUGCAGCCAACGGUGAACGCCAGCAGUUCGGUCAUUGUUGAUUUCUUCAGAGGUGAUAGUGAGGUAAAGAGCAAAACCAGGAAUGUCGUGGAUGUUCGGGACGUUGCCGACGCUCUUCUCUUGGUCUAUGAAACCCCAGAGGUCUCUGGUCGGUACAUCUGCAGUUCACACGCAACGAAGGUCUCUGAUGUCAUUGAAAUGCUGAAGAGCAUGUAUCCCACUUACAAAUAUGCCGACAAGUUUGUCCAAGUGACUGAGGAGCCUUCGUUCUGUUCCAGGAAGCUUGAGAUGCUGGGUUGGAAAAUCAAGGCACUCGAGGAGACCCUCAGGGACAGUGUUGAAUCAUACAAGGCUGCAGCUGUCCUGGAUUAAUUGAGCAAGCACUGUCUUGUAUAUACACCAUUUUGCGUCUAGCUAUGUUACUAGCUAAGAUGUGUUUGCAUAAUUAAGCUUUUGUUCUGUAGAUUUAUUGCAUAAGGUUGUUGUGGUCUUGGCGCGCCCUUUGCACAGGUUUGGAGUCCAGGAAAGCAUGAUCAGGGCCGUCUUAUGGAGAUACUAUUUGCUACUGAUAGUUCUCAGUUCACACACCUUCGGGUGUUUGUCCAUGAGAAAUUUUCCUUUUGAACUUUGUAAUGUGAUAGAUGAUUCUCUAUGGGCUAUGUGGACUCUGUGCAAUAGGAUCUUCCUUCCUCUCAAAAAAAGAAAAGAAGCAAUAGAAGCCUGAGAUGCCCAAUACAGCAGGGACAGAAGUUUGAUCUUGAGACUAGCAAGCAAUGCAAGGUUGGCGAUCACUCAAGUUAAGAAUAUUCUAGUUUUUCACAGAGAAAAA